AUGUUACAAGCCAUCAAGUACAGCCAGGGCUACCUGGAGAUCCUGGAUCAAUUGCAACUGCCCUUCGUUGAGAAAUACAUCCCGAUUGAGACCGCCGAAGAUGGCUGGAAUGCGAUCAAGGAGAUGAAGGUUCGAGGCGCACCCGCCAUUGCGAUCGUCGCCAUGCUGGCACUCGCCUCGGAAUUGCAUGCUCUCAAGGCUGCGGACAAGAUCCCCACGUCGGCUGAGGAGACGAAAGCGUUGAUUGCGCAGAAGUUGGAGUACCUUGUGACCAGCCGUCCGACGGCUGUGAACUUGGCGGAUGCGGCGCAGAAGUUGGGCGCGCUGGUGACUACGCAAGCUGGACAGUCCAGCGCUACGGGCCAGAGUGUCGUGGCUGUUUUCAUUCAGGGUGCGGAGGAUAUGAUGGGCAAUGAUUUGGAUGAUAACCAGCGCAUUGGUCACAAUGGCGCGGAGUGGAUCAUGGCCAAUGCUACCAAGCCUGGUGUCGCUGAUGUUGCGGUUUUGACGCACUGCAACACUGGCUCCCUUGCCACCUCCGGCUACGGCACUGCCCUGGGAGUCAUCCGGUCGCUCUCAUCGAAGAACGUCCUACGCCACGCCUACUGCUCAGAGACAAGACCCUACAACCAAGGUUCCCGCCUGACGGCCUUUGAAUUGGUUCACGAUAAGAUUCCUGCUACAUUGAUCACGGAUUCCAUGGCGGCGGCUUUGCUGGCAGAUGCCCAGGUCGGCGUCAACGCCAUUGUGGUGGGCGCAGACCGCGUGGCCGCCAACGGAGACACGGCCAACAAGAUCGGCACCUACAGUCUGGCUGUCCUGGCGAAGCACCACGGAGUGAAGUUCUUGGUCGCCGCACCCCGCACCACCAUUGAUAUGGCUACCAAGUCUGGAAGCGAUAUCGUCAUCGAGCAACGCCCGGCUUCGGAGAUGACCAGCAUCAAGGGUCCUCGCGCCGGAGCUACCGCGGUCGAUGGCAACUUGACUCUGGAGACUGUCUGCAUCGCUGCCCCCGGAAUCAAUGUGUGGAACCCUGCCUUUGACGUCACGCCGGCGGCCCUGAUCGACGGAAUUAUCACGGAGGUUGGGGUGGUCGAGAAGGGACCCGAUGGUCAAUUCCACAUGGAGGGGCUGUUCAACGGCUCUGCUCCUUAG